AUGGCAGCUGUUGCUUUUACUACAAAAACAAGUGAAGCAGAUGUGUCAAAAAUUCCAGUUGUGGAUUCAUUAAACGAGUUUUCUAAAGUGUUGACGGAUUAUGGAACAGCUUUAAGUGACUUUUCAUGUUUUACCAAGGAGCUUAUGGAUCCAGUAGUGCUACCUGAGGGUAAGACAGUGUUUGAUGUAUUCAAAGUUUGCUUUGAUGAUAGUUCUUCUAUAAUGGAGGAGUAUCAUAGGGACCGGAAGGAUACUGACCAAAAAUGGGAACCAUGGCGACCAGCAUUAACGGGAAGUCCUAUUUUCUCUGGUCAAAGGCAAUUCAAAUGUACAACGAUAAUAAGAGCUUUAGUUGCCAAGGCAUGUCCAUUUACAGAAUACCAAAGGUAUGCAUUUAUGAAUGUUGAGGGUCGUGAACCCACGUUGGUCGUUCAACUUUCUGGUCAAGCUGAGGGUGUGAUGUUUGCAGACGCGUUUCGUGCAGAGGCAUUACUAAUUUUUACCCAGAAUGAUGCAAAACUUACGAUGCGAGCCUUUGGACAUAUUCAGUUCCUUAGAGAUGUUUGGGUUAAAGGAAAAAUAUUGCGUGCAUCAAUUGAUAAUGAAAUGCCUGAGUGUUAUCGAAAGUUGAGUACUAUGCUGACGGAACGCCUUCAAAAUGGAGUUGCCCCAUCGAAAAUUGAAAGACCAGAACAUCAUGACGAGACUCUGUUACCAGUGCAAAAUAAUGGGACCUCAGUAAAAGAAGAAGCUUCUGUAUCCCAUGUAGUUUGCAAGCCUGUCCUUUAUGGAGAGUUUGUUUUGGAGAUUAUUUGUGCUGUAUUUUGCGUGAACGCACUUUUUCGUACUUUUUUUUUCAAUAUUUCUUCUGUCGUACUUCACAUGGAUGGUCCUGAUUUUCCCACUAUAGUUAAUAUUGCUAAUAUUUCUGAUGCAAACCAAUUGAAAGAUGUCGAUUUAGUUAGUUCUUUUUUGGUUGAAAUGAUUCGACCUCUUCUUAUUAGUUGCUUAAUUUGGUUGCUCUAUAUUGUGAUUGGUUCGUUACGAAAAACGGUGCCAUGUCUGAAAGAAUAA